AUGUGCGAUGCCAAACUCAACGAGCCAGCAGCUGAUGACGACGCUGGCGCGGCUGAUGCCACUGCGGCAGUGGACGGCGCAGAUGCGCUCGCGGCGCUCAUUGUCGCAGAGCACGGCAAGGCCGCGGAGCACGGUAAGGAUGCGGCACAUGAGGUCGACACUCUCGGGCAGGCUGCGGUUGCAGAUAGGCAAGUUGUGGUACACGACCUCGCGCAGGUUGAUGUCGAGCAGCGCGCAGCGAGGUGCAGGAAGAGAUCGUGUGGGUCGGUGAGGUCGAUGAAGGUGCGCACGCUGGUGGCGAGGAGUGUUUCGAGCAAGACGGGGGUGUGCCUCUGGGGCGCCUGCGGUGACGAUGGGCUCGGGCGACGGGCGUGGGUCGGUGAGAUCGAUGAAGGUGCGCACGCCGGCGGCAAGGAGUGUGUUGAGCAAGACAUCGCCGCGGCGUAUAUUGGCUCGACGUCCGCGUGCGGUGGCGUGAGCGGCAUCGGUGACAGCGAGGGCGACAUCGAGUGGCCCGAGUCCAAGGGGGACGCCUUCCUGUGCGACCGAUGGUGGUUGCGCGGCGUCGCAUGUGCGGUGUGGUGGUGGGUGCGCAGAACGAAGCAUGCGGGCACGACGAUGGACGGUGGCGGUCAUGCCUUGCAUUGA